AUGAUGGGAGAUCUCCCGGUGAUAAUGAUCAGAGUAACCUCACAAGAGGAUGAUGGGAGAUCUCCCGGUGAUAAUGAUCAGAGUAACAUCACAAAGAGGAUGAUGGGAGAUCUCCCGGUGAUAAUGAUGAGAAGUGAGGAUGGUGGGGCACAAGGAGAUGGUGAUAAUGGGGCACAGGGUGGUGAUGAUGGUGGAAUACAAAGUGAUGAUAAUGGGGCACAGGGUGAUGAUGAUGAUGAUGAUGAUGAUGAUGAUGAUGAUGAUGAUGAUGAUGAUGAUGGAGAACAUGGUGUAUAUGAUGAUGGGGCACAGGGAGAUGGUGAUGAUGUUGGGGCACAGGGAGUUGAUGAUAAUGGGGCACAGGGUGAUGAUUAUAAUUGGGUACAGGGUGGUGGUGGUGGUGGUGAUGAUGAUGGGGCACAGGGGGAUGAUGAUGAUGAUGAAGUACAGAAUAAUGGUGAUAAUGGGGCACAGGGUGAUGAUGAUAAUUGGGUACAGGGUGGUGGUGAUGAUGAUGAUGAUGGGGUAAAAGGUGGUGAUGAUGAUGAUGAUGAUGAUGGGGCAAAUGGUGGUGAUGAUUAUGAUGAUGAUGGGGUACAGAAUUAUGGUGAUAAUGGAGCACAGAGUGGUGAUGAUGGUGGAAUACAAAUUGAUGAUAAUGGGGCACAGGGUGGUGAUGAUGGUGGAAUACAAAGUGAUGAUAAUGGGAUACAGGGUGAUGAUGAUGAUGAUGAUGAUGAUGAUGAUGAUGAUGAUGGAACACAUGGUGUAUAUGAUGAUGGGGCACAGGGAGAUGGUGAUGAUGUUGGGGCACAGGGAGAUGAUGAUAAUGGGGCACAGGGUGAUGAUGAUAAUUGGGUACAGGGUGGUGGUGGUGAUGAUGAUGAUGAUGAUGAUGAUGGGGCACAGGGUGGUGGUGAUGAUGAUGAUGAUGAUGAUGAUGAUGAUGAUGGGGUACAGAAUGAUGGUGAUAAUGGGGCACAGGAAGUCGAGGAAUUCUUGUGGAUUGAUGCAGAGAGGGCUUCUGAAACACUGGAGCGAACCUAUGAACACAGUGCCUAUGGCCUCCGUGAACGCGGGAUUGCCGGCUUCGAAAGGACACGACACUAUGACCAGGAUUACUAUAGAGACUCGCGUGACCGGAUCUUACAACGUGGAAUUUACUAUAAUUCUCGCCGCAGUCCAAGCCGCUUCGAUGCUUAUGAUCUGCGUUAUGAGUCUAGGACCCGGGAGCCGUUUACAUUGCCCAGCGUGGUACGCAGGGAUAUAUACAGAGAUGACGUUACCAGGGAGGUACGAAGGAGGCGCCGUAUCCGGAGACCCCAGCGCAGUCCUGGCCGAAAGUACAAGCCCAGCAGGAGUCGUUCACCCCGGUCUAGAAACCAGUCCCCUCAGGAACUGGCCAGCCAAGCGCCAAAGCCCGACAGGUCACCCAGCGGCAAUGGCAUCAAGAGUAGAUCCUCUAGUAGUGACUCUGUCAGCAGCAGAAACAGCCACAAUUCCGGGAGUGACGACAGCGAUGGAUGUGCCGCGGUUCCAGCUCCACCGUCCCAGCCGAUCUUAUCUCCGGAUAAACCACGCAAAAGUUUUGGAGUCAAGGUUCAGAAUUUGCCCGUGCGCUCUUCAGAUACAACCCUUAACGAGGGACUUUUUUAUGAGUUCAAGAAGUAUGGGAAGGUGACAUCUGUGCAGAUAUGUGGUGUGUCCAAGGAGAGAUACGGCCUGGUCUUUUUCAAGCAACAAGUAGAUCAGGAGGAAGCUCUUAGCGCUACCAAAGGCAGACGGUUUCUUGGUAUGAAGAUUGAAGUGACGGCAUUGGAGGAACCAGACGGUGAGAAUAAUAGCCAACCUCUGGAUGAUGAAAUAGAUGAUGAAAUAAAUGAAUUUCACCCCAAGGCCAGCAGGACUCUCUUCAUUGGUAACUUGGAGAAAACAGCCACCUGCUUUGAGCUAUAUAACGUAUUCCAGCAAUUUGGGGAUAUUGUGGAUGUUGACAUUAAGUUGGUGAAUGAAGUUCCUACGUACGCGUUUGUGGAGUACAUGGAUAUCACGAGUGUCUGUAAAGCCAUCAAUGAGAUGGAUCGAAAAUAUUUGGGGAAAAAUCGGCUGAAGCUGGGAUUUGGAAAGAGCAUUCCUAGCAACUGUGUGUUGAUAGACGGCCUGUCCUCCGGUGCCACUAAGACAUAUUUACGACGCUAUUUUAGACGUUAUGGGCCUGUGCUAAAGGUGGUGUAUGAUCACGUGAAACAUAGAGCUCUGGUUUUCUACAAGGAGACGGAGUUUGCCCAGGCAGCUGUACAAGAGACCAAGAACAAAAAGGUUUCUGGGACUAUUGUUAAGCUGGAUUUCGCCAAACAAGCUAUGCAGUUGGCUUUCCAUUCCUCCAUGGUUGUCCAGGAACAAGCUGCACAGGGGGACUGCGAAGUGACAUCAGAGAUGGGCAGCGACGCCGGCAGUGACUCCAGCGAUGGAUGUGCCGCAGUCCCAGCUCCUCCCUCCCAGUCAGAUGACGAUGAACCUCGCAAAAGUUUUGGGAUAAAAGUUGAGAAUCUCCCUGUGCGUCGUAGAGCUGCAGGUCUUCAAUACGCUAUCUAUAAGGAGUAUAAGAAGUACGGGGAGCUGCUGGCGGUACAGAUUCGCGGUGCACACGAGAAGUUAUACGGCCUGGUGUUUUUCAGGCAUCAGGAGGAUCAGCAGGACGCCCUUAACGCCUCAGAAGGCAAAGUGAUUCUGGGCUUUCCGAUCAAAGCGACCGCCUGGGAGGAAACGGAAAUAGAAACUGAGUUUGAGUUACCACUUCUGGACAAGACAAUAGAUGAAUUUCACCCCAAGGCCACCAGGACUCUCUUGAUUGGUAAUUUGGAGGAAACUAUCACCAGCCCUGAGCUUCAUAACGUUUUCCAGCAAUUCGGGGAGAUUGUGGAUAUUGAAAUCGAGAAGGUGCAUGAACAGCCAACCCACGCGCUGCUGCAGUACUGCGAUAUCACAAGUGCCUGUAAAGCCAUUAGGCAGAUGCAUGGAGAAUAUCUGGGGAAGAAACCGUUAAAGGUGGCAUUUGGGAAAAGCGUGCCCACCGACUGUGUUUGGAUAGGCGGAUUACCCAUGUAUGUUUCUGAAGAGUAUUUAACGCACCAUUUCAACCAGUAUGGACCUGUGCUAAAGGUGCUAUAUGAUCGCGUGAAAGGCAUGGCUCUGGUUCUCUACAGUGAAGUGGAAUUUGCCCAGGCAGCCAUAAAAGAGACCAAGGGGAGGAAACUUGCUGGUACUAAGAUUAAGCUGGAUUUCGCCAACCAAGCCAGCAAGCUGGCUUUCCAUCAUUCCAUGGAGGCUGCGGAACAGGCUGGCUGUGACGCGACACCGGAGGACUGUGACGUGACUUCGGAGAUGGGCAGUGACGCCGAGAGUGACUCCAGUGACGGAUGUGCCGCAGUCCCCGCCCCUCCAUCCCAGCCGCUGCGUGAGAACAAAGAACCUCGCAAAGGUUUUGGGAUAAAAGUUGAGAGUGGCCCCGGGCGUCGUAAAGCUACAGACUUUAAAUUUGCCCUCUGUAAGGAGUUUAAGAAGUACGGGGAGCUGCUGGCUGUACAGGUGCACGGCCCACCCAAGCAGAGGUACGGCCUGGUCUUUUUCAAGCACCAGGAGGAGCAGCAGAAAGCCCUGAAAACCUCAAAAGGAAACCGAUUUCUUGGCUGGAAGAUAAAAAUGACUGAGUGGGAGAAAUCAGAAAUAGAAAGUGAGAUUGAGUUACCACUCAAGAAAGAGAAAAUGGAUGAAUUUCACCCCUGGGCCACCAGGACUCUCUUCGUUGGUAAUUUAGAAGAAACCACCACUCGCCUUUCCCUACGUAACGUUUUCCAGCAAUUCGGAGAGAUUGUGGAUAUUGAAAUCAAGUCUGUGCAUGGAGUUCCUCAGUAUGCGUUUGUGCAGUACUGCGAUAUCACCAGUGUCUGUGAAGCCAUUAGUAAGAUGCAAGGAGAAUAUCUGGGGAAGAAACGGUUAAAGGUGGGAUUUGGGAAAUGCUUGAUAACCGACUGCGUGUGGAUAGGCGGAUUGCCCAGCGAUGUUUCCGACAAGUAUUUAAUGCGCCAUUUUAUCCAAUAUGGCCCUGUGCUAAAGGUGGUGUAUGAUCGCGUGAAAGGCAGAGCUCUGGUUCUCUACAGUGAGACUGAAUUUGCCCAGGCAGCUGUAAAAGCGACCAAGAGGAGGAAGAUCUCUGGGAGUAAGGUUAAGGUGGACUUUGCAAACCAAGGGGGGCAGCUGGCUUUCUGUAGCUCCAUGGGACUUAGCAUACAGGAAAUCUAUGACCUAGUAGAGGACAGAUAGCGGAGCGUUGUGCAUGUGGCUGGAGGGGUGUCCUGUUUCCCAUGGAGUAGAAUUCACGUCGGCAGCUGCUGAAGUAUCCAAUCCGGAUGUUAGGAUUGCCGUUGUCGUAGGAGGAGGAGUUACUACUUUUAAAAGUCAUCCCAGCGCAAAAUGUUUAGUUGCUCUCUUAGGAAUCUAAGUGCUGUCCUUAAGUUUUGUUCUCUUGGGGGCAAAUUACCUGACCAGAAACAGGUGCUGCAGCAUUUGAUUUACCGAUGGACGCAAUACCGACAGUUAUAAUCUCGACACCCAUUGACCGACAGUCAAAAUACCGACAUUCAUUAUGCAGACUUUUUCAAAAUGCUGACAUAGUCAGAAUACCUAACUUCGAAAUGCCAACAUGUCAAAAUGCCGACAUGAGGAAUAUUGCGAGCCGUGCAAGGGGAGGUGGUACACUUAGACCCAGACAAAUUCAUGUUGGUAUUUUGACAUGUCAGCAUUUUGAACAUGUCUGUAUUUUGACUGUAGGCCAAUGGAAUUAUGACCGUCGGUAAUCCGUACUGACCCCGCAGGGAAUGCCGGUUAAGGACGUGUGAUUAUGCUCUUGCCGGUAAUUGGUAAUGAAAAUUGUAAUCCUUCUAUUAUGCGUUUCAAAUUAACAUUUUACACAUUUGUGUUUCCUAUGUAUGUUCCAUGUGUGUAAUAAAUCUCCCAUGUGUAACACAA